AUGGGGCUGCCUUGCUAUUACCGCUGUACUUGGCUCACCCCGCGCCAGGUAGAGCCAAGAAGCAAGACUCACAACGGGAAAGGAGAAGGAGGAGGAGAAGGAGGAGGGGGAGGAGGAGGAGGAGGAGGAGGGACGAUACAAGGAGUACUAGGUCUCUCCUCCACCUCUACCUCCACCACCUCCUCCUCCUCCUCUUCCUCUUGCGACGUGGCCGAAUAUGCGUGCGAGAAUGGGGCGUGUGUUCCUGUCAGCUUCUACUGUGACGGACAAGCCCAGUGCUCCGACUACUCUGAUGAGCCGCCGGGGUGUUCAGUAUGUAACAGAACGUAUUACGGGAGCGUGGAUCACACCUAUCAGCUGGAAGUCCCCGCUCCACCUGCGUCACGAGCCGGACCCCCUGCGUCUGCCGGCCACGCCCACCCGCUGCUGCUGCUGGGGGGCACACCGUCAGAGAGCUUCAAAUGCGUGCUAACCUUCACAGCACUAGGGAGAGACCACGGAGAGAUGCUUCAAGUCACCUUCUCGGAGUUCCACGUGGGGCAUUUCAACGUGGCUUCUGCUGCUGAGGGUGGUGACAUGGGCAGCGUUGGUGGCGGCUUGGUGAACAUGGCAGGGGUGGGUGGAGGGAAAGGUGGAGGUGGAGGGAAAGGUGGAAUAGUGGAGGCAGUGCGGCAUGUCGGAGGCUGUGAAGGGGACCACGUGACCAUUGAGGAGCCCAAGCUGGUGGAUCGCGGCGGGCGGUGGUGUGGCGAGGGCAGCGGUCUCAACGUGUACUUCAGCGAGACGGACAGCGUUGUGGUGACCCUGCACGCCGCCGCCACCACGCAGGGAGAGUACUUCGACAACCCGCUCAAGUUCAAGAUCAAGUACAAGUUUCUGCCGCGGGCGCGCGCCGAGGUGCGGUACGGGCGUGGUGGUGGCAAGUACCGCGGGGACGAGGUGCGGAACAGCGUGUGCAGCCGUGUGUUCCAGGGGUGCCGCGCCCGCCGCUGUCGGCUGCAGUCCCCGAACUACCCCGGCCUGUACCCACGCAACGUGACCUGUUACUACCUGGUGAAGGCCCUGCCGCCCCCCGCCCCUGACCUACUCCCCCUGGUGACCCUCAGCCAGCCAAACGACCGUCUGGUGCACGUGGGGCGCCAAGGCCUGGGCGGCAGGGUGUCGCCAGAGGCACGCCUGAGGCAGGACGGGGAAUGCCGCGCUCCUGAGGACUUCCUGCUGGUGUAUGACGGCGGCUCCAUGAAGGCGCCGCUGCUGGCGCGCCUGUGCGGCACCGCCUCGCUGCCCAACAUCACCUCUAGCGGGCCGGAGAUGCUGGUGGUGUUCCAGGCCGCCACCUCCGGCAGGAUGAACCACCUGCCCAACCUGGUGGCGGGGUUUGAGUUGCAGGCACACGUCAUGUACAUGCGCGAGGCCGCGGGGCGCGUGGCUAACUCUGUGUGUGACUACGUGCUGCAGAGUGGCGGAGGGUCGCGCGGCGUGAUCAGCAGCCCUGUGUUCGCGCUGCCCGCCAACUCCUCCUGCGCCUACCACUUCGAGGGGCGCCGGGACGAGGUGGUGUGGCUGUACUUCACCAAGUACCACCGCGCCCCCGCCACCACCAACAGGCCCAGCCACUCGCCCUGCCUCAACCGCCUGGCCAUUUACGACGGCGGCCCCAACGCUGACGGCGCCGCGCACCUCAUGGGUGACUUUUGCGAUGACCAGCUACCGCCCACCUGUGUGAGGGCACGCCAGCGCGGCCUGGUGAGCCAGCCAUGUGGCGGCGACGAGAGCUUCCUGUCGUCCGGGCCAUCCAUGCUGGUGACGCAAAGCUUCAUGGACAGCACGGCGCUGCUGCCGCUGCGUUACGUUAUUCACUACGAGUUCGUGAGUGCAGGUGAGGCGGGGCGCCAGUCAGGCACCGACUGUGACCACACCUUCAGCAGCGACCGCCGCCGCAACGGCCACUUCCGCUCGCCGCAAAACGUGUUCCUGUACGGGCGCGGCGGCAAGGCGUCGCUGUCAUGUCGCUACUCCUUCACGCAGAAACCUGACGAGGUGGUGACAGUGCGCAUCACCAGCCUGGGCUUCCGCGGCAACCUGUGCAAGACAGUGCACAACUCGCAGUCUGAACUGUUCGAGUGCAUCGCGCGCCUGCCAGGCUCCGCGGUGCUGGAGGCGUGGGAGGAGCCCUGGCCCCUCACGCGUCUGCCCCUGGGCUGCCUCUGUGACGCCUCCGCCGCGCCAGCCACCUUCCGCAGCCACGCAUCGCACGUGCAGCUCAGGUUCGCCAUCAAGGACAUGAGCUGGGCGCAGGACUUCACCGACUUCUUCUUCGAGGCGGAGUACGAGUUUGAGUCCGUGGCGGCGUGCGGGGGCGCGCACGUGCUGAACGGCUCCACGGGCGCCAUCGAUGUCGGGGACAGCGACGCGGAGUGCCACCAGCUGUCGUGGAAGAUCGUGGCGCGCGAGGCGAGCCACCUGUACCUGCACGUGCCGGGCUACCACGCCGCCAGCCAGCGCUGCGUCACGCACAACAGAGUCGUAGUGUACGGCAGCCAGACGGCGCGCCCCAUCAAGGCCGUGUGUCCUGACGCCUCAGCCACGCACGGCGUGCACGUCUUCUCCUCGGGCUGGACGGCCGUGCUGGACUACGGCGAGCCGCGCCCUGACUCCCUCAUCAUCCGUUACCUGGCGCGCGAGCCCGCCGCCUACCGCCUCACCUGGCUGGAGGUGCGCCGCGAGCCGCGCCCCUCCGCGUUGGAGUCCCACAAGGGCGGACGUGGGCGUGGGCGGCAGGCGUCCGCCGCCUCGUGCCCGCACCUGUGCCCGCAGAUUGACGCGUGCAUCAGCAGUGACCUGUGGUGUGACGGGGCACGUCACUGCCCCUCCGGCGCCGAUGAGACCAGCUCCACCUGCCUCUACCUCAGCGUGCCCUGGCUGUACGUGGGCGUGGCCAGCGCUGGCCUGGGCGUGGUGCUGGUGGCGCUGGCCGCGGCGCUGGUCAGUGUGCGUGUGUACCGCCGCGGCAAGGUGAAGCGCAAGAAGAAGAAGGAGGCGCAGCGCCUCAUGACCCGCGAGGUCAUCCUGCCUCUCAACUUCCACAAGGACAUUUACUGAACACCACACGCCCCACCCCUCUCCCCUCCCCAUAGUGCUCGUUUUCUUCCCCUCCCCUCCCCUCUCCGCACCUUUCCCUCGUCAGGAGUGGCCGGGUUGUCCCGGCCAAUUUUUAUACAGUUUUGUACAGGUCGUGCACGCGGGUGUUACCUGUGUACGUGUGUACAUGUGUGUGUGUGUGUGUGUGUGUGUGUGUGUGUGUGUGUGUGUGUGUGAGUGGAUGUUUCUGUCUGUCUACCUGAUAUCAUUCAUUGCCUUGCCUUAACACGCCUCCCCCAUCAUCCAGUCCCCCUCCCUCCCUCCCCAUCAAGGCGCCGCUGCAGUCGUUAUACUGUGCCACAUCCUCCCUCAUCCCCAUCCUGCCCCUAACGCCCCUCCCUCCCUCCCCUCACCUCUUACACCUACCACUCCUGAAACAUGACAAGAUCGCUGCUCUACCACCACCAUCACCACCACUAGUCCUCCCAGUCCACUCCUCCUCCUGCUGUUACCACUCCUGCAGCCCCGCACACUGACGCCAGGAGCAACGCAACACAGAACGGCGACACGACACAACACAACACAACACACAAUAAUUCAUCCCCUUCGUCGUCGCCUUCGUCAGAUACAUAAAUCCCCCUUCGGCUCAAAAAAGAAGAAAAAAAUGUAGCAAAAAAGUAAAAAAAAAAAAAAAAUGAAAAAUGGAAAAAAAGGAAAAACAAACAUGAAAAGAAUAGAAAAAUAACAAAAUUGAGACUAAAAUUUGUUGUUGCUUCAUUCUGUUCCUUCCUCCUCCUCCUCCUCCUCCUCCUCCUCCUCCUCCGUGUCGCACAUGAGGCAAGCAGAGAAUCCUUUUCCAGUAGCGGGGCGGGAAAAUAAGAAUAGUUUCCCCUCUUUCCGUUUUCUGUUUGUCCCUCGUUAGUUUAUUUUUAUCCCAUUUUCUUUCAACAUGUGUCUGAUUGCAAUGUUUUAGUCUACCCUGCCGUAAUGAAAACGAGGUGUCAUAGAAAACGAGGAAAUCAUCACGGGAGGGAGAAAUGGAAGGAAUUAUGUGGCACUUGAAAUAAAAAGGGAAAAUAAAAAGGAAGAGGAAAACAGAAGCUGGAAAAAUAAACCCAGAAAUAACAAAGGGGAAAAAGGAAAAAAAAAAAAAAAAAAAAAGAAAACGAUCAUGGCAUAGAAAACGUGACGCACAUCGGGAACUAUGAUUAAAAAAAAGAAAGAAAGAAAAAAUUACGAGUGAGACUAAAAUAUAGAGAAAAAAAAAGAGAGAGAAAAAAAAGAGAGAAAACCUGAUGUGCAUUCCAAAACAAACUCAAACUUUCUUAUAGGACUAAACAAAACUUUUUUUCCUGAGUAGGCCUAAAAAAAUAUGAAAAAAAAAAUUAAUGGAGACUUUUACCAAAUUAGCUUCGUAUCCUGAAAAUGUUAUCCCCCCCCCUGUAGCUUAGAGAGAGAGAGAGAGAGAGAGAGAGAGAGAGAGAGAGAGAGAGAGAGAGAGAGAGAGAGAGAGAGAGAGAGAGAGAGAGAGAGUUACCUACCUUGACCUCAAACUGACCUGACCUUUCAACACGUGACCAGCUUCCUCAAACGACGCUAACAAACACGUGUGGCGGUUCUGUGGUUCUGCGGUCUGUGGUUCUGUGGUUCUGCGGUUCUACGGGUCUGCGGUUCUGUGGUUCUGCGGUUCUGUGGUUCUGUGGUUCUGCGGUGCGCAAACUAACCUGGAAACAUUUAAUUCAUAGUUCAACUUUGUUCUCAAAAAAAAAAAAAAAUUAAAAAAUAAUAAUAAUAAUAAUAAUAAUAAUAAUAAUAAUAAUAAUAAUAAUAAUAAUAAUAAUGUCUAAAGAUUUUAAAAAGUCAAAAUUUUCUGGAGUGUUUUUUUGAAAUUUUUUUUUUUAAUGAUUUUGAGUGUUGAUGACGAUGAUGAUGAUAGACUGAAGAACCAUUAUACUGAACAAUAACACAGAAAAUAAUAAUAAUAAUAAUAAUAAUAAUAAUAAUAAUAACAAGAACAACAACAAAAACAUCAAAACAUCAAUAACAAGAGUAACAAAUUUUUAAAAGUAACACAAAAACAACAACAAAAAAGAGCAAAACAACAACAAUAACAAUAACAACAACCACACACACACACACACACACACACACACACACACACACACACACACACACACACACACACACGGAGGUCACAGGAAAGGUUCAAGGUUCUUAAUAUCUGGUCAGGUGUGAUGUUCUAAUGUUAAAUAAUUAAUAAUAAUAAUAAUAAUAAUAAUUAAUAAUAAUAAUAAUAAAUACUAAUACUAAUACUAAUUGAUAAUGUUAAUGGCUGGUCAGUAGGCAACCCUCAACACGUGUUCUAAAUGUUACCGUAUUUUUGUACUGUACUUUUGUAGAAGGAGUAUUUUUGUAAUAAAAGUGACCUUAGAA